AUAAAAAAAAAGCGUUGCUUCAACUGGUCUAGGAACAGAAUACAAAUCAAAAUGCAAACUCUAAUGAGUCACAGCCGUAUUACCCCACUUCCGGGAGCCAUCACCAAGGAAGAAAUCAAGAACCAGCUUUUGGUGCACGAGCGUCGCUUCUUGAGCAAGCCAAACCGCAAGGAUCAGUGGAACGUUCUCCCACAAUCAGCUCACUCCAAGAACACCGUCAACCCAGUCCGCAAAAUUGCUGAUGCUUGCGCCGUACCUCCACACCCAGAAAAGAAAGUCAUCAAGCUUCACCUUGGAGACCCAUCAGUAGGGGGAAAACUUCCACCAAGUGAGAUCGCAGUUCAAGCGAUGCACGAAUCUGUCAGCAGCCACAUGUUCGAUGGAUAUGGACCAGCAGUUGGAGCUCUUGCCGCCAGAGAAGCGAUUGUUGAGCGAUAUUCCAGUGCCGACAAUGUGUUUACAGCCGAUGAUGUCGUUCUUGCCUCCGGAUGCUCACAUGCUCUUCAGAUGGCUAUUGAAGCCGUUGCAAACGCUGGAGAGAACAUUCUCGUCCCACACCCAGGAUUCCCACUUUACUCUACACUCUGCCGUCCGCACAACAUUGUUGAUAAACCAUACAAGAUUGACAUGACUGGAGAGGAUGUCAGAAUCGACUUGUCUUACAUGGCCACCAUCAUUGACGACAACACCAAAGCGAUCAUUGUAAACAACCCUGGAAACCCAACUGGUGGAGUCUUCACCAAGGAACAUCUCGAAGAGAUUCUCGCAUUCGCCCACCAAUACAAGCUUAUCAUCAUUGCUGACGAAAUCUACGGAGAUUUGGUAUACAACGGAGCUACCUUCUACCCACUUGCCUCCCUCAGCCCAAAGGUCCCAAUCAUCACUUGCGAUGGUAUUGCCAAGAGAUGGAUGGUACCCGGAUGGCGCCUUGGAUGGUUGAUCAUUCACAACCAUUUCGGUGUGCUCACUGACGUUAAGAAUGGAAUUGUCGCCCUCUCACAAAAGAUUGUCGGGCCAUGCUCGCUAGUACAAGGAGCUCUUCCAAAGAUCCUUCGUGAAACUCCAGAAGAUUACUUCGUCUACACCAGAAACGUUAUUGAGACAAAUGCCAACAUUGUUGAUAGCAUCUUGGCUGAUGUUCCAGGAAUGCGAGUUGUCAAGCCAAAAGGAGCCAUGUACAUGAUGGUCAACAUCUCCAGAACAGCCUAUGGAUCUGAUGUCAGCUUCUGCCAAAACUUGAUCAGAGAAGAAUCAGUGUUCUGCCUACCAGGACAAGCUUUCUCCGCCCCUGGAUACUUCCGAGUUGUGCUCACUUGCGGAAGCGAGGAUAUGGAAGAAGCCGCACUGAGAAUUCGAGAAUUCUGCUACCGCAACUUCAAUCAACACUCUGAUUCCGAAGACAGCUCCGAUGAAGGACUUGACUUGAGCGCGAUGGAGUCGGAUUAGAUUAGUUAGAUCAACCCACCAACAUACACUUCUAGUCAACAAAAAAGAGAAGCUGUGCUUCGUAAUUUAUGUGCUAAAUCUAAACCCAAUCCCGCGAUUGCCUCGGUAAUUGAUUAUUAAUUACCACAUUACCAACCCCUUUCUUUCUCCAAAACCCGAAAAUCUCAUGACACGAUCCCAAACACUUUUUUAGUUUUAUUUUAUCUAAUUAAUUGAAAACUAUAACUCCAUCCAUGCCAUACUGUACGAUACCCAUCACAACGAUUCCCAGUUCCAAGACUUAAAUUGUUACUUCAUAAUUGAUAUGUUUCCAACAUAAUAAAAUAUAUUCCUUUCUAAAA